AAAAUGCGCCGCGCUGGCGCCUCCUGACGACAGUUAUGGGCUACUGCCUGUGCACAGAGCUGCAGAAGAGAGGGUCUUUCUCACAUUUCCCGAUUUCUCCCAGCCGAGUCCGCUCUGCCCGCUUCCACAUCACGGCCGACAGCAAACCGAGACGACGUGAGACCGGCGCGCUUAAAUCACCACAUUCAACCCGGCCGGCCUCGUGUGCACAACAUCCGUGCGUCGUCACACACGGACAAGGUCAGGAGAUUUAAUCCUGGGGGAAUGCUGUUGAGAUGACCUGCGUGGCCUUUGUUUCCUCAAGAGAUUAUUCUCCAAUCAAAAGUGUGGAGCAAAAUCGAGCCAGGACAUGCUUGACAGUUUUACAUGAUGGACAGGUGAUGGAGUCUUCCAUCAUCUUUCUCCACCAGUGACUCGGCCUGCCAGCUCUCCCCGCGAGGCAUAAGUGUGUACCAGCAGUCCAAGGCCCCUUAUUUGUUUGCCAUGGUGACAUAAGCAGUGCUGCAAUAUGAGGGAGAGCCAAAACCGCCUCAUUUCUUUCUCCAGUAGCUCCUGCAGCUGCUAUCUUAAUGCUUCUUGUAUUUAGCUCCAUAACAAGGCUGACCUUGCUCUGAGAAUCCCCUGCUCGCUGUCCUCUACCCACACCGAGAGAGAGACUGUCCCCCAAGGUGUGCUGCUGAGCCGGCGCGGCAGAGCGGUGUGGCGUGAGACGAUGCUGGGAUGUGUGACCCGCCUCCGUCGGCAGGUCCGUCUCCUCCCCCUGCAGACCUCGCUGAUACUUCUCUUCCUCUUCUGUACCGUCAGCGUCUUCAUCUCAGCCUACAUCCUAUAUGGCGCCAAGCGGGAGCUGGAGCCGUCAGGAGGGGUGUCCGGAGCCGAGGGAGCAUCCGCCGACACCGAUGACCCAAGGGUCACUCCAUCCCGACUGCUGCCUUUGCGGCCUGUCUCAGGGGGCCCCGGGGCAGAUCCCGGAGGGGCAAGGACAGAACCUGUUGUCCUGGUGUUUGUGGAAAGUCAAUAUUCUCAACUGGGGCAGGAGAUCGUGGCCAUUUUGGAGUCUGGCCGGUUCAGGUACCGGACUGAAAUCUCUCCUGGCAAAGGGGACAUGCCCACACUGACGGACAAAGAAAAGGGGCGUUUUACACUUGUUAUUUAUGAGAACAUUCUCAAGUAUGUUAACUUGGACGCCUGGAACCGAGAGCUGCUGGACAAAUACUGUGUGGAAUAUGGAGUAGGCAUCAUUGGCUUCUUCAAGGCCAAUGAAAACAGCCUGCUCAGUGCACAGCUGAAAGGCUUCCCCCUCUUUCUUCACUCUAACCUGGGUCUGAAGGACUGCGUGGUCAACCCCAAGUCCCCGCUUCUCUUUAUCACUCGAUCCGGGCAGCCGCUGCCAGGCCCUCUCCCCGGAGAUGACUGGACCGUCUUUCAGUCCAACCACUCGACAUACGAACCUGUGUUACUGGCCAAGACCCAAUCAGCUGAGAGCGUCGCGUCGAUGGGGCAGAAUGCUGCUCUGUUGCCGUCAGUGGUGCAGGACCUGGGGCUUCACGACGGCAUCCAGAGGGUCCUGUUCGGCAACAAUCUGGCCUUCUGGCUGCACAAGCUGGUGUUUGUGGACGCUGUGGCCUUUUUGACGGGGAAGCGACUCUCGCUUUCCCUGGAGCGCUACAUCCUCGUGGAUAUAGAUGACAUCUUUGUGGGCAGAGAGGGUACCCGCAUGAAGGUGCCUGACGUAAAGGCCCUGCUGGAGACACAGAGGGAGCUGCGCACCCAUGUGCCCAACUUCACCUUCAAUCUGGGCUUCUCAGGGAAAUUCUUUCACGCUGGAUCUGAUGAGGAGGACCUGGGAGAUGACCUGCUGCUUUCCUAUGUGAAGGAUUUCUGGUGGUUUCCUCACAUGUGGAGCCACAUGCAGCCCCAUCUAUUUCAUAACCAGUCCGUGCUGGCCGAGCAGAUGUUGCUCAACAAGAAAUUUGCCAUGGAGCAUGGGAUCCCCACUAACAUGGGCUACGCGGUGGCUCCUCACCACUCGGGCGUUUACCCUGUGCACAUACAGCUGUACGACGCCUGGAAGAAGGUGUGGGGCAUCAAGGUGACCAGCACAGAAGAAUACCCGCAUCUAAAGCCUGCUCGCUUCCGGCGAGGUUUCAUCCAUAGCGGCAUCAGUGUGCUGCCCAGACAGACCUGUGGUCUUUUCACGCACACUAUCUUCUACAAAGACUACCCGGGCAGUCCGAAUGAGCUGGACAAGCUCAUCAAUGGUGGAGAGCUCUUCCUCACUGUUCUUCUGAACCCCAUCAGCAUCUUCAUGACCCACUUGUCCAACUAUGGGAACGACCGCCUCGGCCUGUACACCUUUAAAAGCCUGGUCAUGUUCGUCAAAACAUGGACCAACCUGAAAAUCCAGACCCUGCCGCCUGUCCAGCUGGCUCAGAAGUACUUCAGCCUGUUCCCAUCUGAGAGAGAUCCCCUCUGGCAGGAUCCUUGUGAGGACAAAAGGCACAAGGACAUCUGGUCCAAAGAGAAAACAUGUGACCGCUUCCCCAAACUGCUUGUCAUUGGUCCUCAGAAGACAGGGACAACAGCACUCUACCUGUUUCUUGGCAUGCACCCUGAUCUGACCAGUAACUACCCCAGCAAGGAGACUUUUGAGGAGAUCCAGUUCUUCAAUGGGCAUAACUACCACAGAGGCAUUGACUGGUAUAUGGAAUACUUCCCUCUGCCCUCCAAUACUAGCUCAGACUACUACUUUGAGAAGAGUGCUAACUACUUUGACUCUGAGGUGGCAGCUCAGAGGGCUGCGGCUCUCCUGCCCAAAGCCAAGAUCAUCACCAUCCUCAUCAACCCAGCAGACAGAGCUUACUCGUGGUACCAGCACCAAAGAGCCCACGAUGACCCAGUGGCAUUGAAAUAUUCCUUCCACGACGUCAUCACCGCAGGGCGUGAUGCUCCUGUUAAACUACGGGUCCUCCAGAAUCGCUGUCUGGUGCCAGGCUGGUAUGCCAUCCAUCUGGAGCGCUGGCUUAAUUUCUACCACUCCAGCCAGGUGUUAGUUUUGGAUGGACAGAUGCUGAAAACCGAGCCUGCUUCAGUCAUGGACAAAAUCCAGAAGUUUCUUGGCCUCACUAACAUUAUCAACUACCACAAGAUCUUAGCGUUCGACCCUAAAAAAGGUUUUUGGUGUCAGCUGCUGGAGGGGGGGAAGACAAAGUGUUUAGGAAAGAGUAAAGGACGCAGGUACCCUGACAUGGACCCUGAGUCCCAGGCGUUCCUCAGGGAGUACUAUAGGGAUCAUAACAUUGAGCUGUCUAAGCUACUCUACAGGAUGGGACAGCCUCUGCCAAGCUGGCUCCGAGAAGAGCUGGUCCACACCAGGUAGCAGCACCACAGGGGAAAACCACACCUCCUCAUACUGAACCACUAAUCUUCCCCGCUGGGGCUCACUGGCCUCAUGGCCUGAAAUGUUGAAGAUCCCAAUUUGUUUUGACUGAGAUUUGAGGAUGAGACAUCCGCAUACAACUCAAGACUCAACUGUGAUCUUCCCAAUUAGGGCAACAGUGGGCAAACCAGGAACAUGGAAGCCUUAACGGUGUGCACUGAAGAAGAGACCGGGGAAGACUCAAGAGGACGCACACGAGGGACUGUCGGUGUUUGAUAAUCACAUGCCUGUUCUCCUCAAUCAAACUGUCUUAUCAUCACAUGAACUUCUUCCUGGAAAUCAGAGGAAGGGAAUAAAGUCUGAAAUUUCAGUUGUGAGACACAGAUGAUGGAGAGCAUCACCUGUGUCCCCGCCAAUGAAUUUUCAUGUAAGGAGCACAUUAAAGCAGGCUUAAUGGAUGAUAGCCCGGUCGCCUGAGAGACAUUGGUUCCAAAUGCCUUUGAUGCACGUGUUUGUAUGAAGGGAGACGUCUGGAGUCUUGACUUAGGCUGCAUGUUGUAGCCUUAUUUGAUAGGCCUUGGUAGAAUCUAGUUAUCACGUUACAAGUGCCAGGACAAGAAUCUUCCUUAAACUAUUACCACAUGGACUUUUCAUGGCUCUUUUUUUAAGUGUUUUUUUUUCCUUUACUUUACUUUAAUGCUGAUGGCAAUGAGUUGUUGUAGAAUGUACCAAAACUAAACACUUUAGCGCCAUUGGUUUCUUAUAGGCCGGAUGUACAGUACAGUUACGUACACUGUUUUCAGCUCAGCAUGCUCUGUAGCCAGUUUUACAACCAUUUGAUUGGCUACAGCAGGAACACAGGACGGGUGAUGAAAGCACAUUGUUUGAAGAUAAAAGGUUACUGGAAAGCACACUCAUGAAAUUGUUCCUACUACAAUCUGUGAAGAAGAAGAUCAUAAGCUAGCUACUGUAUGUUAACUCCGCACUCUGGUCCCACAAGAUUCAGAAGAUUGUGCAUCUCAAAAUCUGGUGUCAGCAUUGUUGUUUUGUUUUUUUUGUUUGUUUUUUUUGUUUAGUUUUUUUUUCAUCACAGCUGUUUAUGUUUUCUUAUGUUCUGUUUCAUGUCACUCAAUAGAAGAGGUUUCGUUUGGGAGGUUAAAAGCUGAUUCUGCUUAUUUAAAAACAGAACAAACACGUAAAGUCACCAGGCAAACCAACAGUUCGCCCAGAGAGACCGCGCAGACAUUUCGGUUGUCGGUCAAGGUGUUACCACUGCAACUAGAUGUCAAACGUAGGUAACAAAAAGCUGCUCUUCUUGCAAUAGUUUUGUACGAUGUUCUGAUGUUAUAACAAUGCACAUGACGGUGACUUUGUAAUGUACAUAAUGCGAAAACCCUCUGUAGACCUAAAUUAUUGAAUGUGUUUGGGUUUACACUCUCCAUCAGCCCAUUGUGUGAAAUGUCAGUGCUCUACUGAGGGGGAGUGUGGAAAUUUUUAUUUUAUUAUUUUUUCUCCUCACUGUGCAGAGGUGUGUCGCUGAGAUUCUUUCCACUCAUGUCCUCUCACUGCCAACUGUUGUACAAAGGUACUGAGUCUCUCCAUAUAAAGUAUUAAAUGAUAACACAUAACAGCAACGAUGGUACUAAUCUCCUGGACUGUAUGAUAAAGAUUUGUAAUUGUUGUCAAUAAUUUUUACAGUGUAACUAAUAUUGUCGGUGCUUUUUAAUUUGCAAAUAAAACACCACUGUAUUUUUCA